AUGUCUGUGGCAGAUAACCGUUUCUCUACCUUCUUGGAUCACUAUGUCGAAGGUCUACAGAGCUCAAAUGAAGAAACACGACGGCGAGCAACCGAUGAACUGUAUGAGAGUAUCAUAGCCCAAUAUGCUGAUGCACCUUCGGAUGUUGUAACAAGUAUUGCAGAGCACGUGCAAGAGUUUGUUCGUAAGAAAAUGAGUAAUCCAAAUGAUAUCAAUGAAAAUCGUGCUGCACUUCUUGUUAUUCUAUGUUUUGUAUGUGCCGGUCAGAAUUUUUAUACCGAACUAAGCAAUAAAUUAGAACCCACCUUGCGCGGCUAUAAACAGAUGUCAGUCGACGCGAAUUUAUGCGAACUUGUCGUCAAGCUCACUUGUAUUCUAGUUAAAGGUUGUGGUCGUAUGAGUAUGGACCAGUUUUCCUUGGAUGUGCCCAAAGCCCUUGAGCGAAUAUCAAAAGAUGAAAAACACGAAACAAGACGUUACAGUGGCAUAACAAUAUUGAAAGAAAUCGCACUUGCUGCCCCAUCCCGAUACUACCAUUUGAUAACACCGGUGGAACAAUUUUUCGAACAACUUUUUGGUACAAUGACAGAUCCAAAACAAUAUAUUCGUGAAGCAUUUGCUGAAACAAUGCAAGCAACUUUAGUUGUUUUAAUCGACCGUGAACGUGAAGAACAAAAGAAUAAUACCAGUGAAAUGGCAACAGGACAAGAACUAGCCAGUAGUAAUGCGAACAAUCAGAUUAAUCCCGAAUCAAAUACAUUUCUGAAAGCAUACUAUAUGGCUUUUAGAGAAGCUAUGAAAUGCUUGGCAGUUGAUUCAUCCAAAAGCAAAAGUACACAGAAGGAAGAUCGUAUCCAUGGAGGACUUCUACUAUUAAAUGAACUGCUACGCGUAUCGGAUGUCAAAUUCGAAAAUAUUUGUCAAGAUUUAAUUCAACCAUAUAGCGCACCUAAACCCAAACCGAUUUCUUAUAAAGAUGUGCAUCGUUCUCGUGUUGCAUUAACAUUUGAACGCACUGGUCCCUUGUCUCCAAUGGAUAUCAUCGACAAUCCAGAGCAAUCACAAAUUCAAGUACAAUCAUCUCUAAUGCGCUCAAUAAUGUUAGAAAACUUUCUUCCCAUAUGCAAUCAAGUAUUCCAGUAUCGUCAACAACCGAAAUCGAUGAUUGCCAAUGUUUUAAUUCGCAUCUUACCUCGUCUAGCAUCGUUAAACUACAAGCUAUUCUCCCAUCAGCCGUAUGUCGAUGCGACAAUGACUUUCAUAUUCGAACGUAUCAAUUCACGCGAAUUUAAAGAACGACAAUUAGCCUUUCAUGCGCUAGGUUUAAUGAUUCUGUCGGAUAAAGCAAGUCGAACUACUGAUACAGAUUUGUUAAUAACGACAACGCCACUAACGAGAGAUAUGUCAAAGAUUUUCGAAUGUAUAAAACAAACGUUUAUUCCUAUUUCAUCAACGAACACUUCCAUAGCGUCGACACAUUCUCAUCGCCGUAAUAAUUCAAAUCAAUUAUCCACAGCUUCAUCGCAAUCGCAACAACCAUCAUCUAUGAAUAGUUUAUUGCCAUGUCGUUAUACAUCGCCUGAUUCAAGCGUUUUCGCUUGUAUAACGAUGAUUGGUGAAGCGGGUCCUGAAGCAUCAAAAUGUCUAGAUACUUUAUUAGAAUAUCUACUACAUUGUGGUUUAAAUCAUUCAUUACUAUUCUGUUUAGACAAAUUAUGCUCCAUGCCGUUGAUACUAACAGAGACAAAACGUAAAAUUCAUCAAGGUUUAUUAGAAAAUCUUCGAUCAAUUUUAUGUAAUCCUGUCGCAUAUAGUUCCACUUUAACGAAUGAACAAAAUGAUACAAUAUUAAUCGCUUUACAAACAUUAAGAAUAUUCGAUUUUGAAGCACAAGCGAUCGAACCGUUUUUUAUCGACACAUUGAACUCACGAUUUAUUGAACAUGAAAAUGUUCGAAUUAGAAUUGAAUCUAUCAUUACGAUAACUCAUCUGCUAAGAAAAUUAUUAGUACCACCAUCGCAAACUAGUCUCUGUGCGAACACAACAAGUUCACUGAUAGCAGCGAACAAACUACGAAUUAAAAUUGGUUCGAUAACACAACGAAUCCUAACUAUUGGUGUAACUGAUUUAGAUCCUGACGUGCGCUACAACGUAUUUCUUACUUUACAAGAUGAUUUUAAACAAUUUCUUGCCAAAUCCGAAGCAUUAGAGUUGUUAUUCUUCUCUGUACAUGAUGAAUGUCAUGAAAUCAGAGAGUUAGCAUUGAGUUUAAUUGGACGUUUAUCAAAUAUUAAUCCGGCAUAUGUUUUGCCUCCAUUAAGACAUCUUCUAUUACAAUUGUUAACUGAAUUAGAAAUUGGCUGUUCGUUAAGUGGAAAAGAACAAGCAUCGAGAUUAUUGGGACAAUUAAUUGCCAAUACACCGAGAAUAGUCCGACCAUACAUGCAAUCCAUCACACAAGCACUGUUACCAUUGAUAAAACAGCAUGAACAACAUUCGAAUGUAUUGAUUGCCUUAGUUCGAACUGUUGGUGAGCAAGCACAAGUUUGCGGUAUUGAUCUCGAUCAACGUAUUCAUGACCUUUUUCCGAUUCUAAUCAAUAUGAUGCAAGACACAUCAAAUUAUCGUAAACGUGAAGUCGCUCUAUGGACAAUCGGACAAAUCGUUGAAAGUUGCUGUUAUGUCAUAGAACCAUUGCAAAAAUAUCCGAUUUUACUCGAUGUUCUCCUCCAAUUUUUGAAGUCUGAAGAAACACCGUUUCGUCGAGAAACAAUUCGAGUACUGGGCUUUCUCGGUGCCAUCGAUCCAUACCAUGUACGGUCAAGUAAUGAUCCUCUGCGUUCACUAUCCUUCGAUGUCAAUGACAUUACCUUAACACAUCGUGUUCGGGGUGAACCAGAUCCGAUAGAAAUCUCUUCCAAUGAACUCCUAGUUGCAUCUGGCGCUCAAUCUUUACAUGAUUUCUACACAUCCAUGGCUAUCUACGUUUGCCUUCGUGUGCUUAAAGAUCCAAAUAGUCCACAAUUACACCUGAAAGCUGUUCAAGCUAUUUCAAUCAUACUUCAAUGGUUAGGUAGCAUUUGUACUCAAUACGUUUCACUUGUCUUACCGCGCUUAUUAUCUGUCGUGCGCAAUACAGAUGAUCGAAACUUAGUUCCCUAUGUACGACAAAUCAACAUUAUUAUCAUUUCAAUUAAGAGUUCCAUUACGCCGUACGUGAAUGAUGUCGUACAAUUAAUCCGUGAUUACUGGGAUACGCAUAACGAUCUACAAAUUUUACUUAUCCAAACCAUUGAAUCGUUAGCAGCUGCUUUAGAUAGUGAAUUUCGUCAUUAUAUUCACUUAUUAUUACCAUUCGUGAUGAAAAUCUUUCGCAUUGAUUCAAAUAAUAUCAGUUUAAUAAAUCUAUCACCCAGUCAAACGCAAGAUAGACAAUUAAUCUUGUCGCAAAUGUUCUCAACAUUGAAUAAAUUCGGCAAAACACUAAAACCGCAUUUUAAUGUCGUUCUACCAUCUAUCUUAGACAUUGCUUCAACGCAUAUGUAUCCAAUGAAAUUGAGACAAGAAGCUUUGGAUACCAUCGAACAAUUAGCUGACAAAGUCUUUCUAAGUGAUUACGUUUCAGCUAUUUUACAAAUACUCUUGCGUAUUAUCCGUAAUACGACGCAAUUACAAAUUAAAUGCUUGGACAUCAUCUUGAUCAUAGCACAACAAAUGGGUAAACAUUUUCUCGUCUUCAGCUCACUCGUCUCGCAAACCAUGGAUGAGAAGAAAUUACAGCAUUCGAAAUAUGAAUUAUACAUAUCAAAACUAAAAGAUUCCUCGUUUGUUGAUGUACAAACAGAAAUUGUCAGCAGUUCGAAUCAAAAUCUCAAUCAAGCAUCGAAUGAACAUGUGAAGAAACCCGAUGACAAGGUCUUAUAUACAAUUCGUACGGAACAAUUGCGACAACAUUGGCAACAGGCGAUGCAACGCAAUGCUAAAGAUUUACCAAUGUGGUUGAAUAAAUUUCAACAGCUAGUCUUAGAACAAUCACCUGUGUAUCCGUUACGAGCGAUGGGAACUUGUUUAGCGCAAGUCUCGCCAUCGAUACCGCGUGAUUUGUUCAACGCAUCGUUUAUAUCGUGUUGGAGUGAAUUAAAUGCCAGCGAUCGUUCAAGUUUAACAGUCGCUUUAACAUACGUUCUAUCCGUAUGUGAUAAACCCGAUGUGAUACAGAUUAUUUUGAACUUGGCAGAAUUUCGCAAUCAUUGUGAUCUGAAAUUGAAAUUAGAGCGGCAACAGAAGAGCAACCGACGCAAUGACGACGCCAACCUAAACGAUACGAAUGAAGAUGGUACAAAUCGUAGAGAGCAUAACGUUGAUAACGAUGAAGAUGCUGAAAGAUCAUUGAUUAAUAUACAUUUGUUGAGUGAGAAAGCGUUCUCCGUUCGAGCAUAUGCCAAAGCUUUGCGAUACAAAGAAGAAGAAUUUCAACGACAACACAAUUCAGCAAAAUCAUCGAGUCAAGCGGCUGUUACCUCUGACAUUGUGGAGUCGCUGAUCAGUAUCAAUCAUGAAUUACAGCAAUCAGAAGCAGCAUACGGCGCACUGCAGUAUGCUAAGCAUCAUAAUAUUAAAAUCAAAGGCCUUUGGUAUGAGAAAUUGAAUCAAUGGGAACGAGCAUUGAGAAAUUACGAGUUUCUGAAAACGAACGAUCCGACAAAUAUGGAUAUACACUUGGGUCGCAUGAGAUGUAUGCAAGCGCUGGGCUCAUGGGCUGAUCUGAAAGAUCUAGCUUGUCACGUGUGGGAUUUAACAGAGCAGAUACGUGAUGAGCAACCAGUAACAACGUUACCAUUUUCAACAAGUUUAAUUGAGAGGAACUCUUCGACGGCACCAUUGGCAUCUCCGCAAGGAAUCAUCAAUGGACGAGAGUUGAAGAAGAUUCUUCAGCAAAAGAUUGCGCCGAUGGCGACACGUUCUGCAUGGAGUCUUGGUGAUAUGAGUGACAUGGAGAAAUACUAUAUCCAUAUACCAGAUACAAAAUUUGAAGGAGCAUACUAUCGCGCUGUAGAUGCAAUUCGAAAUGAUAACUAUCGACAAGCACAAGAUUCAAUUGAUUUAGCACGAGAACUAUUGGAUGUGGAAUUAACUACAUUAUCAAACGAAAGUUACAACCGAGCAUAUUCAGCUAUGAUCAACGCUCAAUUACUAUCUGAACUUGAAGAGGCCUGGUACUACAAAAUUCUACCUGAACGUCGGCAAUCUAUUUGUGAUAUUUGGCAAAAACGCAUGCAAGGCAAUCAACCAAUUAUCGACGAUUACCAUCGUCUGCUACUCACUCAUUCGCUUUGCUUACCAAUGGCUCAAGAUCUACAGUCUUGGAUUAAGCUAGCUAACCUCUGUCGUAAAUCAAAUCGUUUGACUAUGGCCGAUUUCAUAUUCAAAGAAUUAGCUCACACAGUCCUAACUGAUCAAUCCGGUUUGAAUCGUGAUAUAUCGAUUCUCAAUACCAAUACAUAUCAAACUCAAACCUCGCAUCAUUUCAACGUUCAAACAACAACCACACCAGCAUUCUCACUCCAAUCACAGCAAGCCUAUUAUCAUCCGACAUUAAUUGAUCAGCAAUUGGUUAAAUAUGAGAAAGCUAAGUAUGAUUGGCACUGUUUACUUGCUACACGAGAACGUCUUCUACUUGAGAAACAAAAUCGUAAACAAGUUUUAAACAGUGAAAAUAACUCAAUGAUGGAUAACAAUCACGUACCGCUAACAUCAUCCGCAUCAAUGUCAAGCAUUCCAUCAGCAAUAUCAGCCAACAUGGAGAAUACUAACAAUAAAAUAGAACAAAAUCGUCAAGAACAGUUAAAAUUAAUCGAGGAGAUGAAAGAAAUGGUUCAUAAAACAUGCAUGCCAGCAUUGGAACAUUUGAGAAAGCAAGCAGCAACGACAACCGUAGGCGCUGUUCAACAACCGAAUAUGAUGGCUAGUAGUGGCGGAACUACACCAGCUGUUGUCGGAACUAUUUUAGGUGGUGCAACACAAACUAUUGGCGCAACAUCACAAUUAGCUGGAUUGUCUAUCACUACAACCGCAGCUACACCACCAUUGAAUUCUACUGCAUUUUCUCUCAUAACCAGUACGUCGUUAUCCACACCAUCGCAGCCAAUUAAUCAACGCGAGCAACGUCUUCGUCAACUAAUUUCCAAAUGUUACCUACGCAUUGGUACAUGGCAGCAUGAACUAUUUGGCAUGACUGAUGAUUCGACAUUGAAUGAAAUUAUGAAAAACUAUGAAUACGCUUGGACAUAUGACGAUUCGAAUUAUAAAGCGUGGAAUGCCUAUGCUGUACUUAACUAUGAUGCGGUUAAUCAUUUUAAACAACGUAUACAAGAUCUAUCGAAAAAUACUCAACAACAACAGCAGCAACAACCACCACCAUCUCCACCAGUACUCAGUAACGAUCCAUCGACAUCACCAGCUCGUCAGCAACAACAGCGAUCCCAGCAGCAACCACCACAAACGCCACCACCUUCAGUACCUUCGCAACAGGCAGCACUCGACGGAUCCAAUGAUGCUUACCGACAACUAACGGCAAGAAUGAUACAUUGUACGAUUCCAGCCGUGAAAGGUCUACUGAAAUCCAUCGUUCUAUCGAAAGCCAAGCAUUGCUUACAAGAUACUCUCCGUCUGUUAACGCUUUGGUUCGAAUAUGGACAAUACCGUGAAGUACAUGAAACACUUGUCGAAGGCAUUCGUACUGUGCCUGUCGAAGUCUGGCUACAAGUUUUACCACAAUUGAUUGCACGUAUUGAUUCUCCAAGACCGUUAGUACAUCAAUUGAUACGACAUCUACUUAUCGAUGUUGGUCGACAACAUCCACAAGCUUUAAUCUAUCCAUUAGUCGUAGCGUCGAAGUCAGUUGUUUAUGAACGUGAAGUAGCUGCCAAUCGCGUUCUAAACAAUAUGAGAGAACACAGUCAUACACUGGUGCAACAAGCUUUAGUUGUUAGUGAGGAACUCAUAAGAAUAUCAAUAUUGUGGCAUGAAAAAUGGCAUGAAGGCUUAGAAGAAGCAUCUAGACAAUAUUUCGGCGAGAGAAGCAUACAAGGUAUGAUUGAUACAUUGGAACCAUUGCAUGCAACAAUUGAGCGCGGCAGUAAUACGCUGAACGAACGAACAUUCCUUGAUUCGUACAGUAAUGACUUAUCACAAGCGCAUGAAUGUAUUCGUCGUUUUCAACGAUCGAAAGAUCAACGUGAACUGCAUCAAGCAUGGGAUCUUUACCAUCAAGUGUUCAAGCGUAUCCAUGCUCAAUUACCAAAUAUAACAUCACUGGAAUUAGAUUAUGUUUCUCCACGACUUGCUACACAUUGUCGUGACUUGGAAUUAGCCGUUCCAGGUACCUACGAACCACAUAAAACACCCAUUACGAUCCGAAGUGUUCAUUCUCGUAUAACAGUAAUCACAUCGAAACAACGACCAAGGAAAAUCAGUAUAACAGGUUCCGAUGGAUAUGAAUAUGUCUUCUUAUUGAAAGGACACGAAGAUUUACGACAAGAUGAACGGGUUAUGCAAUUGUUUGGUUUAGUCAAUGAGUUUCUUUCAGCCAAUGACGAAACACGUCGUCGUAAUUUUAUUAUACAACGUUAUCCUGUUAUACCUUUAGCACCGAAUAACGGUUUACUUGGAUGGGUAGCUCAAUGUGAUACAUUUCAUGCAUUAAUCAAAGAACAUCGUGAGAAAGCACGCAUCUUGCUCAAUGCCGAACAUCGGUAUAUGCAAGGAAAAGCACCGCAUUACGAUCAAUUACCGUUAAUAAAUAAAGUUGAAGUCUUUGAAUAUGCCUUGAACUUAUUGGAGGGAGAUGAUUUAGCAAAGAUUCUCUGGCAUAAGAGCUCAAGUGCAGAAAUAUGGCUAGAUAGAAGAUCGAAUUAUACAAGAUCCUUGGCAGUCAUGUCAAUGGUUGGCUAUAUAUUAGGUUUGGGCGAUCGCCAUCCGUCCAAUUUGAUGCUCGACCGCGCAAGUGGAAAAGUCGUUCAUAUCGAUUUUGGCGAUUGUUUCGAAGUUGCUAUGACGAGAGAGAAAUUUCCAGAGAAAAUCCCAUUCCGGUUAACUCGAAUGCUGCGCAAAGCUAUGGAAGUCACAGGCAUCGACGGCACAUUUCGAAUGACAUGUGAACAUGUCAUGGAUGUCUUAAGAAAGAACCGCGACAGCCUUAUGGCCGUAUUGGAAGCAUUCGUUCAUGAUCCUUUGCUCAAUUGGCGUCUGUUAGAGAAUAAUACAAAUGAACAAACCGUUGGUGUAUCAGGUACCAGCAACAAAUCGCCCCAAACAGCCCAACCGCCGCAGGUGCACUAUCAACCGCACUUAUCAACUGUUAAUGAAGAAGAUAACGAACAUGAGAGUACCAUUGCUGGUACUACUCAGCAGCAGAACCCUCAACAGCAGAAUCAAGUUGCUCAACCUGGGCGCACGAUGCGUGCUGUAGAAAUUAUGAAUCGUGUGCGAGAGAAACUUACAGGAAAUGAUUUUCACCGCGAACAACCUAUCGAUAUUCCCACACAAGUCGAAUUACUUAUCAAACAGGCAACAAGUCAUGAAAACCUUUGCCAAUCUUAUAUUGGAUGGUGUCCCUUCUGGUAG